CGCACCCCCCUAAACCUCACUCCCAAUCAGACACUACAGCACCACCUGCGUUAUGUGGACAACAUCAGUCCCAGACUCGAACUCGCAACCCCAGACAUUGGAGGCGGGGUCUGUAUGUCAUGUAUACCCCAGAAAUAAACUACCAGGAAAUAGGCAAAGCUAAAUGGUUCGUAUUAAAUUUGCUUUAAAAGUUACAAAAAUACGCUAAUGUUAAGUGAUGAAAGGCUAACUUAUUUUAAGGUCAGUGUGUGUGUGUGUGUGUGUGUGUGUGUGUGUGUAUGUGUGUGUGUGUCUUAGCCUCAGAUUAAAGUUUUGUCACACACUUUGAAAAAAAAAAACAGAAAAACAAAAAGAUAAAGGGGAAGUCUGAAGGAGUGAAGAGUGCAGAGAGAGGGAGUGAUGUCAGAGACGAAAGAGGAGGUUCAGCAAAUCAGACCACAGAUUCUCAGAGAGAAACGUACCAGUUUCCUCACUCCUGUAUCUAGUGUAGACACAGACACACUUGACUCAUCCCACAUCACCUCAGUAGCAUCUCCUACUGCACCUCUAUCCCUCUGCACACAGACAUGCAGGCUGUUCUUCUGCUCUUACUGCUGGCUGGAGCCUCCAAAGGUCUGGACUCCACCUGCAAUGCUACUCAGGAUGCUACAUGUUAUGGGGCUCUGGGAGGACCUGUGUAUCUGCAGCUGACGAGGGACACCACAGGAUAUGAACUGAAGUUGUUCAGUGGAGACAAGAAUAUUUUUACAUCCAAAAGCUCCAAGACAGUGUUCUAUAACGAGUUCAACACCCCAUCAUUCCGUCAGAGGUGGCAGUUUGUUCCUGAUAACGGGACCCUGAUCAUAAACCCUAGAGAAAGGAGAGACUCAGCAACAUACAGAGUGGAGAUCUAUGAGGAGUCAACAGGGAAGAGAGUGGGAGAGCACACCGUACAGCUGAUCAUCGAAGCCCCUGUGUCUGAUGUGGACCUGUCAAUCAGCAGCUUAGCCAAUGGGGAGAAGAGGGUGAGGUGCUCCUCCAAUGGGGACAGUCCUCAGUACAGCUGGUCUCUGGAUGGGAGGCCUCUGAGUGAAGCUGAUGCUGAUCUCAGUCCAGAUAACCAGACUCUCCUGUUCAGUGAGGAUGUGACUGGAGAACUCACUUGCAGUGUCUCAAACCACGUCAGCAGCACAAACACCUCAGUUCUGCUGCUGGAGGUUUGCUCUGGUCAGUUAGUAGGACAUUACUUUACAUCUGAGUGA